GGGACAYGUGCGUCAAACUUUGCCCGUGAUUUACAAAUUUAUUACAGURUAUAUUUUCCAGUUCUUUCAGAGGAUUUAUAAUUUCAACAGAACGAUAUUUCUGUCAGGUGAUGGAUAGUGAAAAAUCAUUUAAUGAAAAGCUGGAAGAGUUGGUUAAAACCCAUGGAGAUUGCCUGUGUUUGGAUUCUCUCGACCUUGACGUGAUACCAGUCAAAUGGUUCACGGAACUGCAAGAAUCUUCUGUCAAAAUCUCUGUUUUGAAGCUUGAAUACAAUGAUAUAUAUACCCUACCUGAAGCCAUAGGGUUGCUGUCGACACUGGAAGAACUUUACCUUACUGGAAAUCAAUUGGUUAGUUUGCCCAACGCUGUUGGAGAUCUAAAGUGUCUUAAACAACUCCACAUGAAUGAAAACUGCUUGAAGGCCCUGCCUGAGACCCUUGGGGAACUCCACAGCCUACAAAUUUUAAAUGUUGUCGGGAAUCAGCUGGAAAGAUGGAGCGAGGCAUAUGGGAAAGGCCUUAAAAGGCUCACAGAAUUAAGAAUGGGCGAAAACGACUUGCAUUGUUUACCAGAGUCUUUUGCAUGCCUACAAAGUUUAAGAGUACUUGAGAUGAAUGACAACAAACUAACAAUACUACCUCAGCUGAUUGGAGAUUUGACCAAUCUUCAGGUCCUGAACUUAAACCAAAACCAUAUUGAAGAUUUACCAGAUUCAUUCAGUCAACUUUCAUGUUUGUACAGUGUUGACAUUUCUGAAAACCGUAUCAAGUUUUUACCAAAUGAAUUUAAGUCAGCUGAGAUUUUGCAAUAUUUUUAUGUUGUCAACAAUUUGAUUAAGAUACUUCCUCCAUGGUUUGAAAAGUUAUACAGCAUUAUAGAACUGAAUUUGUCUGACAAUGAAUUGAUUGACAUGGCUUUACCUCCUGAAUUUUGUUCAGCAUCUGGAAAAACUCUGUUGUCUCUUGACUUAUCUGGGAAUAAGAUGACUGAGUUACCUAACAACAUGGGUGAACUGAAAAAUCUUGCAACCUUCCAUCUUGGUAGUACGAUCUGUGAACUUGAACGCAGAGCAUUUCAAAAUGGUAAUUGGUUAAAAGAGUUACCAGACACCUUCAGCCAAGUGACUUUCCUUGCUAAGUUACACCUUGAUGAAAACCAGUUAGUUUGUCUUCCAGAGAGCUUUGGAGACCUAGUCAAUCUUGAGUGGCUUGAUGUUUCACAAAAUCGUAUCAACCAGCUACCAGAUUCCUUCUGUUUGCUUAAGAAGCUCUGGUUUUUCCAGUUUUCCAAAAAUAAACUUACGGCAUUGCCAGAUAAUUUUGGAGAAUUGACAAGCCUGGUGGAGUUGAGACUAGAUUCUAAUAGUCUUACAGAACUUCCUGAUUCAUUUGAAAAGCUGGAAAAACUAGAAACGCUGGAUUUGUUUUCUAACAAAAUGGAAAAGAUCCCUAAAGUCCUGUUGAAACUGAAGAAUCUUCAAAGACUGGAUCUGGAUGAAAAUAAGCUCAGAAUUAAAGAUGAUAAAGUCCCAAAACUUACAACAAAGGUACAAUAUGCACCAAGAAAUCCAGAUCUCCAAAAUAACUGGAGAGGCAAAUCAAGAGUGGACAAAGUGGACUUUUAUGGUGCGAAACAAGAAGAGGAAGAAAGCAUAUCAUCUUUGAUUGAAAAGGCAGAGCUGGAAGACAAUUUAGAGAAUGAUAAUUCAGAGUCAACUGAAGUGUUGUACUUCAAUGAAAGAGCUCUGGAAAUGGCUAUGAGAAGGGGGCUUUCUAUCUGGAGAUCCCACACAGGACCUGAAACCAGACAAGAAAACAGUGAUUAUGUCAGAAGAUUUCAAACCUCUCCCGUCCCCCUCCAUGAAAGGACCGUCACAUUCCAGCCAUURCAGGAACAAUGGAGCUUAUUUUUUGAAGAUGCAGCACCACAAGAUCAAACCUCGGAAUCAUCCCCGACUAUAAACAAUCAUGACAUCACUAUAUCUGGUUCUUCGCACGAUCCACAAGGGACUGAAGACUGGGACAAAGAAACUGAGGAGGUUUGGAGAGAGAAGCUGUACACGCCAAAUGGACUGCAGAGGAAACACAAUCCACAACAUAUUCCUAUUAGAGAUCAGUUACAAGAUGUUAUAUCCUCUUACCCACCGGCCAGGCAAGCCUAUACACACAGUGCACAAUACGACUCUGUCUAUAUGAAACACCAUCAAGUUCCUGAUCCCAAGCCAAGAAUAGCUGCUGCAAAAAUUAUUGAGAUUGAACAUUCUGGACAGUUUGAAGAUGCUGAUAUUCAAGAUACUGUGUAGAAAUACUCUUACAAUAAUGUUAUGCACCAUACACUUAAUUGAAAAAACGUUGUCGGGUUCAAAAAAAGGUUAUAUCAUCAAAGCU